GGGCGGCAAAGGGGUGAGCGCGGUGCUGAGACAGGCGCAGCGGGGUCCGAUCGAGCAAGAGAGGUUGCAGCGUCAGCUGGGCCGAUUCCGGUCGUUGCCCCGUGAUUAGUCUCGUGAAAUGAGGUCAUUAAACAACAAAAAUACACUCCAUAACCUAAUCUAAAAUUUCCGUCAAAAACGUCACACCUUGAUGACACAUACCGUGUUUCGGCAGUUCUUUGUAACCUCCGCAGUGUUUUCCAACACAGCCAGUUAUUUACAAUUCGCAUUCCUCGAUCGGCUUGGGACUGUCCAUCUCAAGUCCUCCUACUCUACUAAACGCGUUGCAACAUGCCGACUUUGCGAAGCGGUAGGCAUACCCGAGUCGUUCCAUUAGAUGCCUUGGCCCCAGAAACACUAAUGGAAGAAGAACCUGUGCACAUCGGAGGUUCAUCCGUGGAGCCUGCCUUCGGGAAUCCGAGAGUGGACGCCGAAGCAGCGACGUGCGCUGACGAGUACGGCGUGGUACAAGUCCAAGACCACGACGGAUCUUCAGGAGACUUGACGCCUCCCCAGGAACAUCCGCACGGCAGUCGCGAAAUUCAAGUCCCGCUCCCAAAUCGGUCAGCUCCAAAGAGAUCCAAUUUGGAGAUUGGGCCGUCAGCGGGUGAGCCCUCCUCUAAACGUGCACCCACGACUCUUGCGGUUCAUCCCAAUGUCCUGGACGAAGCCACCCACAUAAGGCCUGACAUUGACGCACUUAUCGUGGAGUUCAUGCGCAACUAUGCCAAGAAACUCCCCAGAGAUGACUUUCAUGUUCUUCUUCUCAACCAAAUUGUCCUCCGAUCAGGCGGACUAUUCGACUUGAAAAGGUUACCGCCACUGGCUGAUUUAAUCGCACAACAUCCGGAGUUGGGGGAUAAGUUAGAGGAAGCAUGGAAGGCUCAAUCGUUCAAUGAGAUACAAAACUUGGUUACAGAAAUUCUUCUUUCAACAGUCCAGCCUGCGGGUCCUCCCGACCCUGAAGUGAUACUUGAUUCUCAAUCAUCUGAAGAUGCGACAGUCAAGUCGUGGUCUUCCAAAUACAGAGGAGACGCUGCCAACAUUCUUUACCAGUACAUGAUGAGACAAGGUACUGCUGAUACAUAUGCUCGCCUCUUACCAAUCGUACAGUCCUCUGGCAUGGGGAAAUCGCGAAUGGUCGAUGAGUUCUCCAAGAAGCACUUUGUAGUUCCCUUCAAUCUCCGCUACGGGGCUGGAGGAUAUCCCGCUCCUGACUAUGAUGUUUUGAAUUGGUUCACAAGGUCUGGCCUUAAAGAGCAUGAAAGCGAUACUCGUUUCAGCGCAUUUAUCACUGCAUUGUUCGAGAGGGUAUCCAACGUCAUUGGACCACAUAACUCAAUAAAAAGUAUCAUCGCUUCUUCUUCUAAGCUUUCACCGGCCGAGAAGUCAGCGGCAUUAAUGCGCUAUCCUGAAUCCCUUGCGGGGCAGUUUCGACUUUUUAUGACAGUUGGACAGCGGUUUGGACAGCAAGCUCCUCUGCGUGUGCAGUUUUACAAGGAGGUAUUGGUCAGAGCGGAGGAGGCAAGUCUCUGUUUUGUGUCGCCGCUAGGCACAGUUGAACUUGCUACUGUCGUCCGACAAGUAUUAGAGAAGAUCGACCCUCGUUUCGGGCUCAGAGCGCAGCAUACUCCCAUAUUGACUUUGGCAUUUGAUGAAGCCCACACCUUGGCGCCUUCAGAUACUGGUAGAAGGUGGUCCCCAUCUUCAUCGAUGAGACGCGCUUUGUGGGGUUUACGGUUGUUCCCUAUCUGGACCCUCUUCUUAUCCACAACAGGAAAAUUCGACCAAUUCUCCCCACCACCUUUCCUUGAUCCAUCGAGCCGCAUUCUCCAAGGUGAACUUGCCAGUGUCAAACCGUUCAGCGCACUAGGUUUCGAUCGCAUGGCGAUGAAGUUUCGUGAGGGCAUGACUCUGGACGAUGUCACUAAGUUACCGUACAGGUUGUCAUUAGGUCGUCCCUUAUGGCUAACACGCUACCAAGAAGGCGGACAACGCGUCAAAGACACAAUCACCGUAUUUGCUGUCCAGAAACUUCUCUGCCGUGCGUUGACAAAGGACAGCUUGACCCUCGAUGAACAGUUUGCCGUGAUGUCUCAUCGUCUUGUGCUGGACUUCGAUACGAGCAUUUACUUUGGUCAGCACCGAACGUUGGCAGUAAGGAACCAGAUGAACCAAGUCGAGAGGCACAUGCGUGUAUGCUUGGGUGUUAAGAAUGGAUUUGAGUCUGUCGUCACGGUUGCAGCCUCGGAGCCGAUCCUCACCGAGGCCGCGGCUAUCAUCUUGUGCACCGUCCGGGAUACGGACCGGUCCUGUCAGAUGUUACGAGACAUUUUGGAGUGGCCUGGAAUGAGUAAGGGAGAUCGGGGAGAACUCAUUACGUGCAACAUUAUUAUCGACACCGUAGAUGACCUUAUGUCCAAGAAAGGGAGAUGGGAGCCAGGGGGGGUCAUGGUGACCUCGCUGUUCAAGGCUCUCUUUACCCACGACAUCUAUCGCAAGUCGAUCAAGGAUUCUUUGCCCUCAAGGCUGCUGACAGGCAGUUGCAACGACUCGUUUGCUGAGACAUUCAAGAGCUCACGCAUCUACGUUACGCAUUUCAUCAAGAUUUAUGAUUUCAACGUACUUUCUGUCCAAUAUCUCUCUAUGCUUGCCGCUCGGGGUGUCGGAGUUGUUUGUGCCGAUAAUCAACAUGGUAUUGAUGUGGUCAUUCCAAUUCUUUACCAACACACGAUACUACGAAGGGACAAUAUGUCUGUCCUCAUGAUACAGUCGAAGAAUGAUCACUCUUACGGAACCAGCCCGAACCAACACUUAUUUGACGAGAUGGACCCGUUCGAGCUUGGAAUUUUUGCCAAGUCGACAGGACCACCCCCAGUGAUUCGAAUGGUGAAUGCACUGGCAUCGAAGGAAUCCAAAGUCUCUGUUGUAAUGCCAUCUGAACGGGUGCAGCCAUCAAGGCAAGAGAAGCAGGUCCGCACGAGCGCCUUCACCUCAUUUGAUAUCUGGUGUGCCGGGGCUUCUUCAAGGACUUUUCGCACCAUUCGGUCCCAGGAUGACGGAACAUAUGAUGACUUGCUGAGGUUGUCAAAGGAUGUCCCUGCAAUGUUUGAGCCUGAUGAAGAAUUUAUGCGGGAUCCUGUAAGGAGUAUGUACCCUGGCGGAGCUGGUGAUACUGGUCAUUGGUCAUUUUGUAGUACUAGUUGAAUUGCUUUUGGCUGAUUGUGCAAAUGUGUCACCCA